AUCGAGUGAACGCACAAGGUUUUCUCUACAAAAUGGUCCAAAUUGUCAAGCGCCGAGGCUACAAGCUACUCAACCUCUGGACCACGGACAAGGGUACCUUCCCAGUCGUCUUCUGUGCCACCUUUGCGGCCGUAGGCGCGGGGGCUGCGUCGCUUCGCUACCUCUUCCUGAACCCCGACGUGUACGUGAACAAGGACGAGCGUUUCACUUCGCUACACCACACUCUAGAGCCGCGCGAGGACCGCGGGUCUGCAUGGCGGCAAUUCCGCUUCCGCAUGGCAAAUCUGUCGCGUAAUCCGAUCAACCAGUCUCGCCAGUUCGACGACCUGUUCGCUAAGGACGAGAACAAGGCCGUAAAGAGAUAAACGGCACAAAAGAUCUCACCACUGAGUUCAUUUUGUCAUUGGUCAGCCACGGAGUUAGUAGGUUGAUUACAAGAAAGACAACGAAUAGUAUAUAUUGCGGUUUUGUAACCUGUGUUUGGUUGAGUGUUUCCUAAUACACCUGAUGGUGGUUAGACCUUUA